UCAAGUAUAAAUUCCUCUGAAACCGACCCGACACAUGUCGCCCUGCGAUUGCUCGUGUUUAUAUGUAUCAAGUUGAAUACAUUCUUCGUAUCCUUCGCAACGAAGUAGGGGCGCCAUGGAUGAUAUGAAGGGAGAAUACGACUUGUACUGGGAGACGAAGCGCUUCCUCGAGAGUGAAGAGCUCGAAAGCAUGUGGGGAAUAGAGCAGGCCAUUUCGGGCUCCUACGCUUCGAGCUCUUCCUCCGUCGAUGUCGUCGCGCCCUCCUCGGCCGCCAAGAACAUCAUGGUGGAGAGGGACCGGCGGAGGAAGCUCAACGAAAGGCUCUACGCCUUGCGAAGUGCGGUCCCGAACAUUACAAAGUUGGACAAGGCAUCAACCAUGAUGGAUGCUAUCAACUACAUUCAGGAGCUUCAGGAGCAAGAGAGAAGGAUGCAAGAAGAGAUAUCCAAACUCGAGUCGGAGAAAACAUCGAUCCGUGACGUCGUACCGAUCAUCGAGCGAGACGAUCUCCUCGUUCCGCAAAGGAAGAAGAGAACUACGCAGAGCUCAUCGUCGCUAGCUCUAGGGUCUUCGGGCUCGUCGUCGCUCGAAGUUACGCAACUUAGGGUUUCUAAAGUUGGUGAGAGGGCUUCAAUUGUUGAAAUCACAUGCAACAAGAGGAGGGGUAGCAUGGUGAAGCUGUGUGAGGUUUUCCAUUCUCUCAACCUCAAAAUAAUCACAGCAAACAUCACCUGUGUUCCUGGAAGCAUCUCACACAUCCUUCUUGUUGAGAGUGAGGGAAUGGAAAAUGCCCAGAUGAGGGAAAAGGUCGCGGCCGCCGUCGCCGAAGUGGAUGCUCCAAGAAGUCUUAUGAGUAAUAUUAGUCUGCAGUAGUCAGGAAGAUCAGAAAAGAGCCUCCCUCUCUGGAGUCUGUUGUUUUAGUUCAAAAGAAGGAUGUCAUAUUAGGGGAUUGAGAAUCCUAUACUUCCAUGCUUGAAAGGAGAAUUGUACACAACACUUUAAGAUGCCAACAGUAAUUGGUAUAGGUUACAACUAAAAGCCAUGUUUGGAUAGAGCUAUUCAAAAAAGCACAAAGAGAAUUUCAUUAUA